GACCCUCUGCCCCGCCAGCCUACCCCGCCGGCGAGCAAAUCAUACCAAUUCGCCCUACCAUGGCUCCCGACGCUGCCAGCGAGGACCAGAAGACGUCCAUCACGCCCCUCCUCAAACGUCUCUGGCAUGAGUCACCCACCACCAAGCCAACCGCCGACGAGAUUGCAGCUGCACUCGCCUUGAUCUUUACAAACAGUCUCUCAGAGGUCCAGACAGGCGCAUUAUUAACAUGUCUCCACUUCACAGACCAGGACAGACAGGCCGAUGUGCUGGCAAAAUGCUCUAAGGCUAUGCGUGACUUUUCAACCGACGUGGAUAUCCAAGGCUUGCAAGAGCUCAUUGCCAGACGAGGAAGGAAAGAAGGGAACUACCACGGCGGCUUGUGUGACAUUGUAGGCACAGGAGGCGACUCACACAACACAUUCAACAUCAGCACGACGUCGUCCAUUCUGGCAAGCUCUCUCCUCAUGAUUGGAAAGCAUGGCAACAAAGCGUCUACAUCGCGUUCUGGCUCGGCAGAUCUCCUUUCCUGCACACCACCAAAGGCCCCUGUCAUCACCGCCGUUACCCCAAACACCAUCCAUGAAAUCUACUCACAGACCAACUAUGCCUUUUUGUUCGCCCCCAUCUUCCAUCCUGGUGCCAGGCAUGCCGCUUCUAUUCGGAAGCAGUUGGGCUGGCGAACCAUCUUCAACCUCCUUGGGCCUCUGGCAAACCCCCUGCACGAGCUGAUCGAGGCCCGGGUGCUGGGUGUAGCCAGGAAAGAAAUUGGGCCAGAUUUUGCAGAGUCACUUAAGCAAUCAGGGUCCAAGAAGGGCAUGAUUAUCUGCGGUGACGAGGAACUUGACGAGCUAUCGUGUGCUGGACCAACUCACUGCUGGCGCUUAGUUGAGAAUGCAUCGACAGGCGAGGUCGACAUCAACUACUUCACCGUUAGCCCUGCCGACUUUGGGCUUCCUGAGCAUCCUCUUAGCGAAGUUAGCCCGGGUCAGUCCCCAGAACAGAAUGCCACAAUUCUCAUGAAGAUUCUGAACGGCGAGGUCCCACCUGACGACCCGAUUCUACAUUUUGUCUAUAUCAACACGGCAGCCUUAUUCGUAGUAAGCGGUAUCUGUGAUGCUGAUACAAGUAACAUGGGCGAGGGUGAUGACGGUAAUGUCAUCAAAGAGGUUGGGCCCGGUGGCGGACGCUGGAAGGAAGGUGUCCGGAGAGCAAAGUGGGCAAUCUCGAGUGGAGCGGCAUACAAGGAGUGGCAAAAGGUUCAACAGGGUCUCGCAGAAGCCCACGCAAAUACUUUUACUGUCUACUUUAACUAA